AUGUCAGGAGCUCCCCCUGGCCCACCUCCUGGACCACCACCCAUCAACAGCGGCAAUGUGGUUAGACCUCCUGGACCUCCACCUGGAGCUCCACCUGGACAAGCUUUCCGACCUCCACUCGGGUUCCCUGCUGGACCACCUAUGGGUUUACCCCCUAUGAUGCCCAACUUCCCACCUCCUUUACCACCCGGAUGGUCAGAACAUCGAGCACCUGAUGGAGUCACACCAUAUUUCUAUAAUACCCAAACUCGUGAAUCUACAUAUAUCCGACCAACUUUGUUCCCUCCAUUCCCUCCUCCAGGUCCAGGUUCAGCUUCUCCCAUCCUACCAGUACCUGUCCAAGCGGAAAAAGAGAAGAAGAAGAAGAAAGAGAAACCCAAAGUUAAAGUACCUGUACCAGGGACCACCUGGACCAGAGUCACCACGACUGAAGGCAAUGUCUUCUACUUUGAGAAAGAAUCUAAGAAAUCUGAAUGGACCGUACCGGAAGAGAUCAAAGAACAGGUCGAAGCGUUAGAAGCUGAAGAGAAAGCUUCGAGGGAACAAAAAGAGAGAGAAGAGAGGGAACAAGCUGAAAAAGAGAGGUUGGAGAGGUUGAAAGAAAUUGAAAGGAUUAGACUGGAAGUGGAAGAAGAGAAAAAGCAGAAACAGUUGGAAGUUGAGAGAAAGCGGAAACAGAGGGAGGAAGAAGGUGAAGAUAGAGAUUCGAAGAUACCCAAAGUGAAUGACGAAGGAGUACAAGACGUGGAGCAAAAUGGAGACGAAAAUGGUGAUGAGGAUGAGGAGCAUUUCGGUCCUCAAGAUGAAGAAGAUGAAGCCGAGUGGAUGAAGGCUGUAGCGGCUGAAUUUGCAGAGGCAGAUCAACAGCUGGAAGCCGAGAAGCAAAAGACCGCCGAGGAAAUUAGGAAGGAAGAAGAAGAAGCUGCGAAGAAAGUGUUUGCUGUUCCGGAGAAAGUACAGGUUUCCCCAGAAGAAGGUAGAGCUUUGUUCAAGGCAUUGUUGAUUGAAAAAGAUAUUAACCCUUUCUCACCAUGGGAUCAAUCUUUACCAUUAUUCAUCAACGAUCCUCGAUAUGUCUUACUCUCAUCCCAGAAAGACAGGCAGGAAGUGUACGAUGAAUAUUGCAGAGACGUCGGGAGGGCUAGACGACUAGCUAAAGCUUCUGGUGCAUCUGGAUCGGGAGAUAAGAAGAAAUCUGAUCCUGAGAAGGAAUACAAAGCGUUAUUGCGAGAGGAGGUAACGAGUACGAGGACGAGGUGGGAUGAUUUUAGGAAGAAAUGGAAGAAGGAUAGGAAAUUCUAUGCGUUUGGAAGGGAUGAUAGAGAUAGGGAGAAGGUGUUCAAGACUCAUCUUAGAGAAUUAGGUGAACGUAAACGAGCUGAUGCUCAGCGUGCCGAAAAAGAUUUCUAUGAACUCUUGAAAGAGUCCGAUCACCCUAUUACCUCUUCAUCCGUAUGGUCUGACGUGAAAAAGCAUAUAUACAGAGAUCCUCGAUAUGAUGCCGUUGGAUCCUCCUCCUUGCGUGAAGAAUUGUUCAAUAAUCAUAUCAAAAAUCUUGCGUCGUCGUCUUCUACGAAUGGUUCGGAAAAGAAAUUAUCGAAGGCAGAAGAAGCAGCUAAACGGAGGGCAAAGGCAGAAGCUAGUUUGAGAGAAAGGGAAAACAAGAUCAAAGCGGAGAAGGAGAAAAUUGAAUUUGAAAAUCAUAAGAGUAGGGUUGGAGCGGGUAAACAAGAUGCUGAGAGGUUAUUUGGUAGUUUGCUAGUUGAUCAAGUUAGGGAUCAUACCAUUUCGUGGAACGAGGCUUCCCAGUUCCUAUCUUCUGAUUCACGAUUCAACAAUCCCUCUUUACAUCCUCGAGACAAACAGCGCUUAUUUACUGAACAUAUCAAUCGAAUAUCCUCCAAACGCUCAAACGAACUACAUAACUUAUUCGAAAAGUUCACUCCGGGUUUAGAUACGCCUUACGAUGCUGUUUAUCCGAAUAUAGUAGAUGAUCCAUUAGUCAGGAGGUUGGGUCUACAAGGAGAUAAUUUAGAAUCUCAAUGGAAGGCAUGGAUGAGAUCUAGAGAAGUUGAAGGUAGAAAGGAGUUUGAUGAGAUGUUGGGCGAAAACAGUUUUAUAGAAUUUUGGGGUAAGAUGAGAAAGAAAACUCUUGAUGAAGCUGCUUUGGGAGUUAAACGGGAUGAUCAAUUUGAAGAAGCGGAAGGUAUUGAUGUGGUUGAUGAUGAUCAAGAAGGAGGGAAGAAGGAUAUUACAGAUAUGGCGAAGCAGAUUGAUCUCAACGAGAUCAAAAGCGUUUUAAGGCGAGAUAAGAGGUACAGACAAUUUGAUCAUGUUCCCGAAAAGAGAGAACAGUGGUUAAGGGACUACCUCGAAAACCUUGAAGCUGCCUCUGGAUCUAGAACGAUACAUAAUGUGGGUUUCGGUAAAUAG